GUUCUAUACGCGCUGCAAUCGAGUCGCCCGUCGGUGCCCCUCGUCUCAUCCGCUGUCGGUCGGUCACGGGGACAACGACGCAAACCGGCGACGACGAUGACGAUGAGUCGUCCGUGCUGGUGUUGCCGGAUGUCGCCGCGAUGAAAGCCUGACCGCCGCCGAUGAUCGUCCAUUCGCGAGCACGGCGACGGGGAAAACGCCCUCUGCGACCGCGGUGCGUUCUCCCUGCCUGACCUGACCUUCUGCCGGAGACGGAAAGAGAAAGAGAGAGAGAAAGAGAGAGAGAGAGAGAAAGAGAAACCCGCUCGCGCGAAUUCAGGGACGAAACGAACACGACGUAGUGCCUACAAUUUAUUGUGCGAUAUCACCCGGUGCGCCAAUCGUCGCGGAGCGCCAUCGUCACGUCGCGACGACAUGGAGAAUGCGGAGAACCGGAGCAGUGCCGUCGAGAUGUCGCGGAAGAUCUCCGAGACAUGAAGAGAGCGCGACCGAGGAUCACAUGGGUUUCUUUGAGUCGUCGGGGCCGGCGGUAGCAGAGCCGUGAUCAAAAUGAACUUGAUAAACAUGGACGCGGAGAACCGCGUGGUUCUGAACGUGGGCGGUAUCCGGCACGAGACGUACAAGGCGACCCUGAAGAAGAUCCCGGCGACGAGGCUCUCGCGUCUGACCGAGGCCCUCGCCAACUACGACCCGAUCCUCAACGAAUACUUCUUCGACAGGCACCCGGGCGUAUUCGCUCAGGUACUCAACUACUAUCGCACCGGGAAGCUGCACUAUCCCACGGACGUCUGCGGACAUCAGGUCGAGCCUUGCUGUUGGAUGACCUAUACGCAGCACCGGGACACGCAGGAAACAUUGACAGUCCUCGACAGAUUGGACCUCGACACCGAGAAACCCACCGAAGAGGAACUAGCUAGGAAAUUCGGCUUCGAGGAGGCGUACUACGAGGGGACUCUUACGUGGUGGCAGAAGCUCAAGCCUCAGAUAUGGUCACUAUUCGAUGAACCCUACUCCUCCGUCGCAGCCAAGAUAAUCAGCAUAGUCUCCGUUUUCUUCAUUUGCGUUUCAAUACUCUCGUUUUGCCUCAAGACCCAUCCGGACAUGCGAGUACCGAUGAUCGUGAACCGUUCGGUAAAGACUGACAACGUAACGUCCUGGGUGGUGGACAAGACCCGCACCAACGCCCACGAUGUCUUCUUCUACAUCGAAUGCAUCUGUAACGCCUGGUUCACCCUGGAGUUCUUGAUACGCAUCACCGCGAGCCCGAAUCGCUGCGACUUCAUCAAGAGCUCGGUGAAUCUUAUCGACAUGGUCGCCACCCUGAGCUUCUACGUCGACCUCGCGCUGCAGCGAUUCGCGGCCCAUCUGGAGAACGCCGACAUCCUCGAGUUCUUGAGCAUCAUACGAAUAAUGAGACUGUUCAAGCUCACGCGUCACUCGUCGGGCCUCAAAAUCCUGAUACAGACCUUUCGCGCCUCGGCCAAGGAGCUCACGCUGCUGGUAUUCUUCCUCGUUCUCGGCAUCGUCAUCUUCGCCAGUCUCGUGUACUACGCGGAGCGCACUCAGUACAACCCCAAGAACGACUUCAAGAGCAUACCGCUCGGUCUGUGGUGGGCCCUGGUGACGAUGACGACCGUCGGUUACGGGGACAUGGUGCCGAAAACGUAUAUCGGGAUGUUUGUCGGCGCGCUCUGCGCGCUGGCCGGUGUCCUCACCAUCGCCCUGCCGGUGCCCGUGAUCGUUAGCAACUUUGCGAUGUAUUACAGUCACACGCAGGCGCGAGCCAAGUUACCCAAGAAGAGACGCCGCGUACUGCCCGUCGAGCAGCCACGUGUGAGGGCACCAGGUGCGCCGCCCGGUGGGCCCGGCGGACCCGGGGCCAUCGGACACCCUGGCUGCGGCCAGCAAUCGUUGCAUCUGCAGUCCGCCGGUAGCACGGUCGCCACUGGGCCCCACGGCAUGGGCCAGACGCCCGGUGUCGGGUGCCCCGGUGGUGGCCAAGGACCGCAGAAUCGCCGAAUGAACGCCAUUAAGACCAAUCAUCCCAAGGAUCCGUUCGCCACGAAAACAGAGGAAGACCGGAGGAAUUGUAACCUACGAACCAACGGGACCAAGAGAGCCGGAGGUUUGGAUUAACCAUUUUGCGGUCGUAGCGCGCUCACAGAGACAGACGGCUAUCACUCACUGGUCGGAAUUAAUUCGGAGCGAACGCGCUUAGGCGUGUACCCCUAAUCAAAGAUUGUCCCCCCGCCCCCCUCCUCCCUGUAAGAUCCGUAAAAAAAAUGUUAUCAUUCAGGAACGCGCUUUGGAAAGAGAGAAAGAGAGUGAGAAAGAAAAAGAGGGAAGGGAAGGAGGUGGGAAAAUAAAUUUAAUACCUCGCUGCAUCGUCCAAGCGUUGCGGCUUCUUGUUGCCCACAAUUUUACAAACGGCUAGGCAAAAUAAACACUGCCGUGGCGAGCGUGGCGGCUGAGCUCCGACCCCGGAAAACAAAAAAAAAAAA